AUGCUCCAAGCAUUAGGCCAUCAAAAGCUGUCCAACACGAUGUGCAAUGUUCUUAAAGAGACUUUCCGAAAGGAAGAACUUCAACAACGAGCUUGGCUGGGACAGAACCCUUCUGCAGAAGAAAGCCCAAAGAAGACUCAUCACGCCCAACCUUCAUUAAUAAUGAUUCAACUCUCAAGAGAUAAGCAUGCUCGUCCUUCCAUUGAUCUUGCAUCGCACUCCAAUCAAAAGCUUUCCUCAUCGGCAUCCAUCAAAAACAAUGAUGUAAAUGGUCGUAAUAAUAGUAAUUGUAGUACGUUUGGAAGCCGCAAAACACGACCACAUUCUCCUCUCAAAUCUACUUGUUCUUCUGCAAAGGAAUCCACCUCUCAUUGUUCAUCGAUUUCAAAAACAUCCACUGCAAGCAAGGCUUCAAUUGUAUCCAAUGCUACUUCUUCCUCGACAUCUUCCAACAACAUUGCCAAAGCCAUGCCAGCUCUUUGGUUUUCAAACAUUUCUGAUUUAGUGGAUUCUACUGAUAUUGGAUGGGGAGUUCGUUCAGAAAGAAAUGUGACAAGUGAUGAUAAGGACUUCUUCUUAGAUCUACAACCUGUCACUUCAACCAAAUACAGUAAAAAGAAAGUGAUUGAAACAGAGUUUUAUGAUCAUUCGCAUUUUGACGGGUUUUUAACCCAUCGAAGAGCUCAUGUGAGCGAUCGUCAUGCUAACGAGUCUGCUGGAUUUCAAUCUCAGAAAAAACAAUCUUCACAUUCAUCGACCAAAAAGAAAAAGAAUUUGAUUUUUGAUUGA